UCACUUCCUCUUGUCGCUUAAUUUAGACAUACGCCAUCAUAGCUGACCACACUUUGAGUGUUGACAGGCUGACGGCACUGUGAAUAAUGGACAACACUGCUCAAGGAGGUAAAGCGUACGGUCUCCUCAAGGCUCAACAGGAAGAAAAACUGGAUUCUAUCAAUGAGGCUUUUCUGUCAGACCCCACGUAUGCAGAAGAGGAAGACCUAAGUUCAAAGCUUGAAAUGUUUAAAAAAAAGUACGUGGAGUUUGAUCUUAAUGACAAAGGAGAAAUAGAUCUAAUGGGGUUAAAGCGAAUGCUGGAAAAACUUGGCCUGGCCAAGACUCACUUGGAGCUGAAAAAGAUGAUGGCAGAAGUUGCCGGAGGGCCAUCAAAAGACACUAUCAGCUACAAUGACUUCCUGAAUAUGAUGCUGGGAAAGAGAAAUGCAAUUCUGAAACUGAUCUUGAUGUUUGAAGGCAUGGGGAAGGAGCAGGAGCAAAAAGAUGUUGCACCACCUCCCCGCAAAACAUUUUCAGACCUGCCUUGAAAGAUACCAAUUCCAGCAGAGAUGAUUUUUUUUCAUAUUUUAUUACAACCCAGAUAAUUAAAAUAUCAAUGUCAAUAGAAGAAAAAGCAAGCAUAGUAUAUAAUGUCCAUUAUGUAUGAAGUUAAGAAAUUGUAAAGGUUUUGUAAAUAGAAGGCUACCAAAACUCAUAUGAUGUGGCUUUAGCUACUUAAUUAAAUACAACGGUUCUUAUAAUAUCUGGAUUGUAAGUUUGUACCCAUUAUCAUAUCAGACAAAAUACUGUACUGUAUAAAGUAUAGGAGUAGCACUGUGUUAAGGGCAAUAUUGACAUGAUAUAUUUCCUGUUGGUGUAAUUAUUUUGUUGGAAAUUCAUUAAAGUUAAAGUAAAGCAAA